UGUACAAUGCAGUCCAUAUUAGUGAUUUUAUUCUAUGUUUCUGUGGUCUAUUCCAAAUCCAUUUAUAUUGUGAACGAAACUCCAGAUAACUUAAUAAUUUCUGCCACAGAAUUUGGUGAUUUUCUUCUCGAGACGAAAAAUGCAAUUAACCUUACGGUUCGUACAGACUGGAAUGGUACCAUUUUUGGUAGAUACCAUUCCUGCAAUGACACAGAUUGUAAAAAAUAUGUGAGUAAAGCUCACUUUACAAUGGGUUACCUCGCCGAAAAUUUAGAUUUAAACAGCGUCGAUCUGAGGAUGGGAUUUAAUUAUCCAAUGACGAUUAACCCGUUUCCUCUGAAAUGUCUGUGUGGAAAAUGUGAUGAUGACUUUUUUUUAUCUAAAUGUGAUGAAGAAGACAUGGUCAUUGUUAAUAACAGACUCGUUGCAUGCAAGAACACAGAUAACAGCCUAAGCAGUUUUAAUAUUGCUUGUGGACAAACAGCAGUUACGUAUUCUUAUAAUGAAAAUAAAAAUGUGUAUAAAUGUGCCAAUGUAGAUUAUUAUACAGUCACUUUUGGCAAAAAAUAAAGCAAUACUAAUUUAAAAUAUAUAUAUUUUUUGUUCAGAUCA